GGAGCCGGGGACUCGGCCGGGAACUCCUCCGAGCUGGGUCUGUUCCGCGGCCCCGACCGCUGCUGCCGGGAGCACGAUCGGUGCGGGGCGCAGAUCGCGGCGCUGCAGUUCGACUUCGGCAUCCGCAACUACCGCCCGCACACCGUCAGCCACUGCGACUGCGACGCCGCGUUCCGCCGCUGCCUGCGGGCCCUCAACGACACCAUCUCCGACCUCAUCGGCGUCACCUUCUUCGAUCUCCUGGAGGUGCCGUGCUUCGUGCUGCGGCGCUCCGAGCAGUGCGUGCGCUGGCACUGGUGGGGCGGCUGCGAACGCUACGCGGUGGUGCCGGUGGCCACGAUGGUUCGGCAGAGCCCCUACGGCACCGCGGCCCCUGCGGCCGACGGGAGCUCCGCGUGCGGCGUGCAGCCCGGAGCCGUCGGAGCCGCGGAGCGGUGUGAGGACGUCCCGGGGAACGCCGCGGGAAGACGGAGGGGGCUGGGGAGGCUGUGCAGAGCCUACCGGCACCUGGAUCGCUGCGAGCACCGCAUCGCGCCCCGCGAGGCGAAGUACGGGCUGCGGAACGGCGGGGCGAGGACGCUCUUCCACUGCAACUGCACCCGCAGGAUGGUGCGGGCCCUGCGCAGGGCGAGGGGCCCCGGGGGAGCGGAGCCGCCUCUCCUGGCGGAGCGCAUCGCCGCGCGCUGCUUCGUGCUGGAACCGCAGCCCGAGUGCGGAGCGGAAAACGGGCGAGGCUGUGUCACCGCGGCCCGGGCCGUGCUGGUACCCGCACGGCAUCUGAGGACCGCGCUGCGGCGUCGCGGUGCUGAGCGUCAGGUGCGGGACGAGCAGGAGAGCGGCGGCGAUGCCCUGUACGAGCGGUGCCGGCGGGUGGCCCUGGAGCGGGGGCUGGGAGCCCCGCAGCCCCCCGCGCCCCGCUGAGCCCCAGCGGCGGGGCAGUGCCGUGCGUGGGGAGGAGCUGCGCUGCGGGGCGGAGCUGCUCAAUGUCGGGUCCUUGAGAGAAAGGAUGGCACCGAGCGUGGCUGCUGGCGUGACUGCGUGGGGCAGGAGAGGGGUGGAGGAGGCUCAGCUACCCGCCCCCCCCCCCCCCCGGAC